UCUGCUAACAACAAAACAACUUAGAACACUGCAGGAUUAUGUGUAAAUUCAAAUUAUUUAAUAUAAUUUCCAUAACUAUUAUAAUAUUGAAUUCUAGUAAUGGUAAACCAUUACAUUCAAUAUCCAAUAAUAGUAAUGAUGGAGAAGAAGUAUGUAUAGAAAAUCCUCGUUUCGGUCAUACUGUUACAAUUUUAUAUAAAGAUGAAAUUUUCACUGGAGUUGUACAUAACGCAUAUAACGUUCUGACCGUAGGGCAUCCUUUUGUCGAUGUAAAUAUUACAGAAUUACAAGUUCGUAUUGGUUCCACAUAUGCACAUAAAGGAGGUCAAUUAAUUUCUGUUAAAGAAAUAGCAUUACAUCCGAAGUAUUAUGAAGAUGAAUUCACAUUUGAUUUGGCAUUUUUACGGUUAAGUGAUAAAAUGGACCUUAUAAAAUAUCCCGUACGUAACAUAAUAUAUUAUAAUCAAGAUAUCACAGAACCAAAAGUGGGAGAAAGUGUCUUUACAACAGGCUGGGGUCAGAGUCACAUUAAUGGUAUCUUAAAAACAGCUAAUAUCAGUAUUAUUGAUAAUAAAUUUUGUCAUAAGGCGUAUAAAUACAAUGGUAACACAAUUUGUGCUGGUUAUGAGCCAAAUAAAUGUGCGACUCAAGUUGAUUCAAUUGGAGGACCACUUGUGUGCGAACUUAAUAGUUAUAUUUAUUUGUGCGGCAUUAAAGUGCAUGCAAAACAUUCUAAUAAAAAAAAAGUUUUUCCGGGUGUAUAUGCAAAAGUCAAUCACCCAGAAAUUCUGGAAUGGUUACGAAAAGGUGGUUUAUUAGAUGUUGAAGAAAAUUACAAAUAUGUGUAAUACUUGUAAAAGUAUGCAAAGUAAUUAAGUGUAAUAAGUUUAAUGUUAAGUUUUUUUAGUUUACUGUUAAAUAAAUGAAUAUUUAAUAUACA